UCAUCACUCACUCCGCCCGCGCUCGCGUCCUGGCUGGCGAGGGAGAGCCGAGCCGAGGCGUGGUGAGGGCGCCCGCGGCGGCUGCUUGCUUUUGUUGCCUUGCUCCCGCUCCAAUUUAUGGCGAUUUAAUGCCACCAGCGAGGUGUUGGGCGCAUCAAUGGCGUCGCCUCCCGCAUCCAAAUCUCGCUCCCCCUAGUCUCAGCUACUACCUUCGUCUUGCUCAUUCCUCCUCCUCGACCCCUUGCUGUCGUUGCUUCUUUUCGUUCUCCUUCUCUUCCUCCUCCCUGCCCCCAACAAGCCCACACCUUCUCGGGUUCCUUGGCGCGCCGCCCAAGAAAUGCCGUUCUCGUUUUUCGAUUUUCCACACCAGUACUACUGCUAGUCUUGUCUCCGAGUGUUGACAUUACACAUCUCUGCUCGCUCGAGCCGGUCUGGCCCGCCAUUAGUUCCCCACCUCUCUCCCAGCAGCUGCUGCUGAAACGGCUAGCUGGCCAGGCACGAAAUCGGAGCAUUCCAAUUCAAAUCCCGCUUCUUGCUUGGUAAAAGCCGAGAUUUUUCUUUGUAAAUAUUUUUCCAGGCCGUUCUAGAAUUUCAGCUGGUUGCGGGGGGAGGACAAAUCUUUGAUUGAGUGCUCAGUCGAGGAGGGAGGCAUGGUGGCGGAGCCGCUGGUCCACAAGGUGCUCUCCAUGGCGACCUCGUCGUCCUCGUCCAAGAAGGUGCGCCCGGCCGCGGCGGCGGCGAGCGCCAAGGGCGGCGCCGCCGCGGCAGCCGGCGCGGAGGACGGCAGGGUGGGCAUCCUGUCGUUCGAGGUCGCCAACGCCAUGUCCCGCGCCGCCAACCUCUACCGCUCGCUCUCCGACGCCGAGGCGGCGCGCCUGCUCGGACCGCUCUGCCUCGGCUCCCACGCCGUGCGCGCGCUCGUCCCGGGCGACGACGCGCGCCUCCUUGCGCUCGCGCUCGCCGAGAAGCUCGACGCACUCAACCGCGUCGCCGCCGUCGCCGCGCGCCUCGGCCGCCGAUGCACCGUCCCGGCGCUCAUGGGCUUCGCCCACGUCUACGCCGACCUCCUCGCCGGCCGCUCCGGCGCGGACGCUUUCGCCGCCGCCUCCCCCUCCGAGGCCGCCUCGCUCGUGCGCAAGCUCGACCGUCUCGCCGCCGCCACCGCCGCGCUCUACGCCGAGCUCGAGGCGCUCACCGAGCUCGAGCAGUCGGCGAGGAAGCUCCCCACCGACGAGGCCCGCCGCGCGCUCGAGCAGCGCACGCGGUGGCGCCGCCACGACGUGCGCCGCCUCAGGGACUCGUCGCUCUGGAACUGGACCUACGACAAGGCCGUGCUCCUGCUCGCGCGCGCCGUCUGCGCCAUCUACGACCGCAUCCGCCUUGUCUUCGGCGACCCCAUGCUGGGGAUCGACCUGUUGGCAGCCACCCGGGAGCCAGGGCAAUGUGACCAAAGCCGGCAACUCUCCGGUCCAGUGACGGCAAAUUCAGGUCCUAUCCAGAAAAAUCUCAAUUACAGCAAGUCAGGGCCGAUUUCAAGAGUUGAUCCAGACAUGCCGCGGUUGGUGAAUUUUCGGUCGAAUUGCGGAGCGAGCCCGGGGAAGAUGUUCAUGGAGUGCUUGAGCUUGAGUAGCUCGGUGUCGUGGAAGGAUGGGUUCGAGGAUGAGUUCUUGGAAGAUUCCAGCUGCAUUAGCACAAUCAGAUCGGGGAUGCUUGUACCGUUCAGUGGCGAGCAGGGGGAAUCCACAACUCCAACCAAGAGUGGAAAGAUUGGCAGAAGGGUGCGGUUUGGCCCGAAGAGUACCGUGACAUCACUUGCGCCACCGUCUACAAUUGGAGGCUCGGCGUUGGCAUUGCAUUAUGCAAACAUCAUCAUCAUCAUUGAGAAGUUGCUCCGGUACCCACAUCUUGUUGGCGAGGAGGCCCGUGACGAUCUCUACCAGAUGCUGCCGUCAAGUUUGAAGGUGGCAUUGAGGAAGAAUCUGAAAACAUAUGUGAAGAAUGUGGCGAUAUAUGAUGCGUUCCUCGCUCAUGAUUGGAGAGAGACGCUUGAGAAGACGCUGGCUUGGCUUGCUCCAAUGGCACACAACAUGAUCCGGUGGCAGGCUGAGAGGAACUUUGAGCAGCAGCAGAUUGUGUUGAAGGGGAAUGUACUGCUAUUGCAGACACUUUAUUUUGCCGAUCGGGAGAAGACGGAGGCAGUAAUCUGCGAGCUGCUUGUUGGGCUAAAUUACAUCUGCCGGUACGAGCAACAACAGAACGCUCUGCUUGACUGCUCAAGUAGUCUUGACUUUGAUGAUUGUGUGGAGUGGCAACUUCAGUAGAGCCAAGCUGAGGUCAGGUUUCUGCUCUGUUCCAUAGUGUACAAGUGACAUGAAACGGCAAAGGGUACUUGUAUUUUGGUUUUGUUUGUUUCUCUUUCCUUUUUUUCACUUUGUUUUUGGUGCAAUUUUGCACAUGAGAUCAUCAAUUCUUAGAUGAAUAUAGAGCUUUCUCGACUGGAAAGAUCCUCAUUCCUGCUCCGGCUGUACAUACUAUUGUUGAAUCCUUGUGUCAAGCAACCUGAAAAGAGGUUUCUUA